AUGUUAGCUUUUGCAUUUGCCCCUUUGGCCCCGUUGGAUGUCAACAGAGUUGUUUGGUUUGGAUUUGCAUCUCCAAGAUCGGUUGAGCCAGCCAUAAGCAGCAAGACCAAACAGCUCAUUGGAAACCGAGAAAAUUGCUUCGAACUCUAUGGAUUUGAUGUCCUUGUGGAUAGUGACUUAAAGCCAUGGCUGCUGGAAGUGAACUUGAGCCCAAGCAUGCAGGCUGAACCUCCACUCGACUGGCAAAUCAAGAGCUCUCUGUUGGCGGACACUUUCAACCUUGUUGGAAUUGGCUCGAACGAGAAACCCACUCCAAAGCUUGAACGCCUGAGAGGGUCUUAUUCCCAGCCUUGGAAGCAAGCAAACAAGGAAACUCCAAAAGUGGAUAUUCCGGACAUAGAUGACAGCCAUGCGCCACUGGUUUUAAAUGCGCUUUCUGAUGCGAACUUGAAGAUGCUGACGAAGUCCAUUGGAGAACGCUCGCGAUGCCACAAUUUUGUGGUGCUCUUCCCAACGCGCGCUGCUGUGAAACGCUAUGGCAUGAUUACGGAAGCUCGAGCCCAGUCAGCACCUCGGACUGGUCUCACUGGGCUCAUGGCCAAGUUGAAUCGCUGUGUAUCGCAGUCUCAGAUGCUGGCGUCCAUACUCUAUGGUCCGUAUCCUUCGAGAUCUAUCACAGAGGUGAAAAGACUAUCUUCUAGGGAGACGUUAGACCAGCUAUUUCUUGAUGACGUGGAUGAUUGGCCGACAGAAGAACCAAUAGAACAGCGGAACCGCGUGGUGGCAGACCUGGAUACCAUUUUGCAGGCUUCAAGUCCGAUCACCUGGAAGGAUCCCAGACCCGCCUUUUUCGCAAAGCCUCUUCCUGCUGCUGUGAACCCUACAGUGGAAACGGAGCUGCGUCAGACCGCUCUUAGCUCGGCAUGGCGGGCGCUGGGUGCAUUGUCAGGUACUUCCAGAAGAAGUUCAGUCGUAAAGGCUGGUGAGUUUGCGGAGGAGCAGACCAAGCAGAAGCAAAGAGAACACUCAGAUGAGCAGGCAGAAGAUUCAUCUUCAAGUGCAAGUGACUGCAUGCAAUCUACUGCUUUAAGUGGAUCUCGCCUUCUUUUGAUGGAAUAUCUGAUCCGCAUGGAGGCCACUUGUGACAGUCUGGGACCUGCUGGGCGUGCUCGUCUGGUACAAAGCGCAUCCUAUGCACGGCUGUCCAAGUUUCAGCGCCACCUGCCCAAAGUUGCUGCGAAGUUAGCGAGCUUGAGCAAAUAUUCUCUCAUUCCUCCAGAGGCGAUCUCAGAGAAUGGAUGUUUGGUGGAGGAUAUGACGGCAGUUUGCCGAGAAAGCCUAGACUUUCUGGAACGUUUGGCCUGGCGAGAGGCACAAGGUGACCAUGAGAGAGUCAUUGGCCCGCGGCGUGCAUCCGGAGAUCAAUCCAGCCUCCCCAAGCGUCUUCCUGCUUCGUUGCUUCAACACAAGCACUGCCGGCGUUUGCUAAAGGCCUUACCAGAUCUCCAAGUUUCGGAUUUAGAAAAGUUGUUGCGAGCACAUCUAACUGAAGAGUUUGGUGAUGAUGCCACCCUGCAGAGAAUGCUGGAAUGCUUUCGUGAUCCAGAGGUUUGUGAGGAGCAACUCUGCACUGACUUCCGUAGGUCUGCUUCAAUUCAGCCAGGUGUAAUCAAGGAGCCAACAUUUAGCCUGCAAAAGUCUAGAUCGAGCAUGCUGCCAGUUAUCCAGGGGGAGUGCGGAGCUCGAACCAUGUGCACCUCGGAGGGCCGACGCAAGCCACCUGGCCCUUUAUCUGAGAUACUCAGUGCAGCCAUCACAAAGAGGGAUCAGCUGCCUUCACAGCGAUCGGGCCGAAGACCUCAAACCAACAGCCGCCAAGCACGAACGCCUGUCAACUUGCGAGGUAUCUACAACUCCACCUUGGCCUCCUGGAAAGCCUCCAGCCGGCCUUUGGCUGCGGACAAAGAGCCCAAAGUCAUGGCGAGCGCUGUCAUGAUGCCCGUGCCGCGGUUCGUGUCAGUGCGGAGGUCUCGUAGCAAGUCCUACGCUUUGCCGGAGCUUCCAGAGGUCAAAGCCGCUGCGGAGGGCUCUCGGGUUGGAGAUCACAGAGACGUGGCAGAAUCUCCAGGAGCCAGAGCAGCCUGUCAUGCUGCUACAAACAUCAAGUUCGAUAUAGAGCUUUGA